GGUGGGCGUCAGUGGGCGUGUCCCCGGGGCUGCGGGUCGCUCAGAGGAGCGGUGAAAGUGCAGAAAGCAGCAAAAGAAGAAGAAAAGGAGCAGCUGACUUCACACUGCUGCAGCUUCAGCUUUAUGAGGACAAGAACGUUCCAACCAACAUGCUGGCCACGCACGACCUACCCUGCUGCACCAUCAUCCUGUUAGUUGUGUUAAAGCUGGCCCAUGCCCAGCUUGAGCACCUUGGCUACCCGCCGGGCUACCCUGAACUGGAACAGGAACAGUACACCCCCCCAGUGCUGCCACCAGACACGCCCAGGAUUCAGCUCCGACUGGCAGGAGACAAGAGGAAACACAAUGAGGGCCGUGUGGAGGUUUACUAUAACAACGAGUGGGGCACUGUCUGUGACGACGACUUCAACAUCCACGCUGCUCAAGUGGUGUGCAGGGAACUGGGCUACCUGGAAGCCGUCUCGUGGUCACCAUCAUCAAAAUAUGGAAAAGGAGAAGGGCCCAUCUGGUUUGACAAUCUCCAGUGCACCGGCAAAGAGAAGACAUUGGCCUUGUGUCGAUCCAAUGGGAUCGGUGUUUCCGACUGCAAACACAGUGAAGAUGUAGGCGUGGUGUGCAGUGACAGGAGGAUCCCGGGAUUUAAAUUCAUCAACACCCUGCCCAACCACGUGGAGAGCCUUGAUAUCCACGUGGAGGAUGUGCGAAUACGAGCCAUCCUGUCGUCCUACCGAAAGCGCAUCCCUGUAACAGAGGGCUACGUUGAGGUGAAAGACGGCGGUAAAUGGAAGCAGAUCUGUAACGCAGAGUGGAGCGAGUUUAACAGCAGAGUCAUCUGCGGCAUGUUUGGAUUCCCCGGGGAGAGGAGGUACAACGCCAGAGUCUACAAGAUGUUUGCCCGCAGGAGGAAGCCAACGUACUGGGACUUCUCUGUCAACUGCACUGGCAACGAGGCUCAUUUGUCUGGCUGCAAACUGGGUCAGGCAGCGUCAAUGAAGUCCAAUGGGACCUGUGCUGACGGGCUGCCCGUGGUGGUGAGCUGCGUGCCUGGAAGAGCCUUCGCCCCAACGCCCAUGACAGGAUUUAGGAAGGCUUUCAGACAAGAGCAACCGUUGGUUCGUCUCCGUGGCGGCGCCAUUGUGGGCGAGGGCCGAGUGGAGGUGUUGAAAAACGGAGAGUGGGGUACCAUAUGUGACGACCACUGGAACCUGCUCUCUGCCACCGUGGUGUGUCGAGAGCUGGGCUUUGGAACAGCAAAGGAAGCCCUGACUGGUGGUCGGCUCGGACAAGGUAUGGGCCCGGUGCACAUGAAUGAGGUGCAGUGCUCAGGAUUUGAGAAAUCCAUUACCGAGUGUUUCUUCAACAAGGAAACUCUGGGUUGCAGCCAUGAGGAAGAUGCAGCUGUCAGGUGUAAUGUCCCAGCUAUGGGCUUCCAAGAAAGGCUGCGUCUGAGAGGAGGUCGCAACCCCUACGAAGGCCGGGUGGAGGUGCUGGUGGAGAGAAAUGGUUCUCUGGUGUGGGGGACUGUGUGCAGCGAGGGUUGGGGUACUAUGGAGGCCAUGGUGGUCUGCAGACAACUGGGACUGGGCUUUGCUAGUGAUGCUUUCCAGGAGACGUGGUAUUGGCCGGGAGAGGUAAGCGCCGACAAAGUGGUGAUGAGUGGAGUUCGCUGCUCUGGAACUGAGAUGUCUCUGUCCCACUGUCUGCACCACGGAGAACACCUCACCUGUCCCAAAGGAGGAGGACGCAAUGCCGCUGGAGUCUCCUGCUCAGAGACGGCCCCUGACCUGGUGUUGAACCCCCAGGUGGUAGAAGAGACCACCUACAUGGAGGACCGGCCCAUGUUCAUGCUGCAAUGUGCAUACGAGGAGAACUGUCUGUCCUCCACCUCCAGUGAGGUGCCUGCCAACUCCUACCGCCGCCUGCUGCGUUUCUCCUCCCAGAUCCAUAAUAAUGGCCAGUCCGACUUCCGGCCUAAAGCCGGCAGGCAUGAGUGGGUGUGGCACGACUGUCACAGGCAUUACCACAGCAUGGAGGUGUUCACCACCUAUGACCUGUUCAGCCUAAAUGGGACCAAAGUGGCAGAGGGACACAAAGCCAGUUUCUGUUUGGAGGACUCAGAGUGUGAUGAAGGUAUUGAAAAGAGGUAUGAAUGUGCUAACUUUGGAGAGCAAGGUAUCACUGUUGGCUGUUGGGAUACAUACAGGCAUGAUAUCGACUGCCAGUGGGUCGACAUUAGUGAACUAAAACCUGGUGACUACAUUUUCCAGAUUAACAUUAAUCCAAACUAUGAAGUGCCAGAGUCAGACUACACUAAUAACAUCAUGAAAUGCAGAUGUCGAUAUGAUGGUUAUCGUGUUUGGAUGUACAGCUGCCAUAACGGUGGCUCAUUAAGCUCUGAAACAGAGGAGACAUUCCCAGGCCUCCUCAACAACCAGGUGACCCACAGGUAAAGACAAGGUACAGGAGUGGAGUCGAGGGGUUAUUCCUUCCAGCAAGGGGACCAUCUGAAGCCCACCAACCACUAUACUAAGGGUGUCCAGCUCUGGUCCUCCAGGGUCACAAUCCUGCAGGUUUUCUAUGUUUUCCGGCUCCAACACAUUAACUCAACUGAAAUGACAAAUUGAUCCAACAGCCUAUUAAGUCCUGCACAAUGACUCAUCAAUUUGAGCCAGGUAUGUUGGAGCAAGGAAACAAAGAAAAUCGUAGCUGGACACCCUUGCACUAUACACUCCAUCUGCGUACCUCCUGCCACCCUCGCCCUGAUCGAACCAUGUCUUUUAAGCAACAGCUUUCUUCUUCCCUUCUCUGUCCCUCCAGCAAAACAAGUAUAUUUUCUUAUGUCCAAACUGAGGCAGCUUGAACUUUAACAACACUUCAAUCUCCCUUUGAAGAUAAAGGGAUUGGUGAAGCUCUUUGCAAACCCCUUUUUAAUGAGUGAUCAAGUGACAGCUAUUUUAAACAAGGUGUAGCAUUAGGGAAUGUCACCAAAUUUGUGUCUUCAUAGAAGUGCAGCACUUUUGCAGUGUUUUCUUUUUCUGUUUGUUCAAAGCUCUCCCUGGAGAGUCUGGAUGUUUGUGCCAGAUCGCCUGAAGACUGAUAGCAGCAGCUUUGGUGUGAAAAUCCAUAUUUGUAUUUCCUCACCUUUUCAUCAGUUUCAUAAAAUGCUGUUUACAGUCUGAAGCCCAGCUAAAUCGAGGUCCCAUUACACAAGCAUCUAUUAACAUCUAAGAUAUUUAAGCGGAAGCCACAUCUGCACCACUGAGGUGUCGAUGCCUGUUAAGCUGUGGCAAAAGCAAGCCCAUUCACCAGCAUUCAGAAGUGAUAACUGUGCAGCACUUCUGUAAAAAUAAUGUGCCAGAGCUAAAACAUGACAUGCUAAAGAGUCAUUCUGAAAUAAUUGAAGCAUUUCCUCUGACUGAAUAAACUUGUCAGUUGUCACGUCUCAAAGAGUAGUUGUAGCUUACUAUAAUCCUUUGGGGGAGUUGAUGUUGAACGGAAUUUCAGAUCAUUUAAAAAUAAAUAAUCUUUUCUUAUUUCUGUUACAGAAAGUAUAGCAGUAUUUGCAUCUGUAGCUAAUACGAGACCUCUUUUUCUUUUGUUUUUGUAAUACUCUUCAAAAUGUUGUUUUGCUGCUCUCUAGUGGUUGGAUUUCCUGUACACUUGAUGGACAAAUGUACUUCAGUUUCUACCCAGUGACAUCAUAUGUUUCUUUUUAAUAUGCUUUUUUCAUGUUUUAGUACCUGUUGGCAAAGAUUAAGGAGAUGGAAGUAAAUGAUGUGAGGAUGAUGAAACAAAAAACUGCCAAAUGAGGAAUCCUAAGUUCUUUCCUUAAGUCAAACUGAUGUCAACAUAUCUGCUACGUAUUUGAGCCGAGGAUUUAUGUGGCAUGCUACCUGCUUGAUAAAGAUUUUCGCAUUGUUUCGCAAUGUGUGUCCUCCCUCUGGCUUUUCCAGAGGCCUCCUUUCACCUUAUGUCUAGUCUUGAUGUGCAUUUAUAACACUAGAAAACAUGUUUUUAAAGUUAUUGAGGAAGGGAGGACACCAGAAGGCUUACAUUAGCAUGGUUUAACACGGCACUGUGAAACAAACAAAACAAAAAAAAAGCCAUCCAAAUUACUCUUUAAUGCUGAUAAUUAAAUGACCAUUGUGUUUUCUGUUAGGAGUUUCAUGAGAUAUGCCCAAUACAGUCAUGGCAGGCGUGUUACAGCUGGUAAAAUUAUUAUUUUUCUUAAACUGGGUAAAGGCCUGGUCACACCAGCCUGACAUCACUGAGCUUCUUGGUGGUUCUGAUGGAGUGGAUGUGAAUUUUCAUUGCAUUCAUGCUAAUUAGCUGUGUUGAACAGUAUUCUUGAAUUUAACUUAACUGCCCACAAGAUGUUUUUCUCUCUGACAGUUGUUUUGUAAUUUAUGUCUUGUUUUGUAAUUUGUUAUCCUUCUUGCAAACCAACCGAGCGAGUUUGCUAACUGGCUGUUGUAUGUUCAUACACAGUGUUAGCAUAUCAGCUAAAAAAGCUGUUACCUAAACUUUACAGUCACUUACUGAGAGAAAUCUGUGUCUGAAACAAUAUACUUGUACAGAUGUCAGCAUGAUAGCAUUAGCAUAGUCCUUGCUAAAUCACACAAGCUACAAACACCAUGAUAGUUUGCUGUUAGCCAAUUAGCUAGCUCUGUGGGACACUGUAGCUCAACAGCUAGUAAAACAACGAAUAUGUUCUAUCAUAUAUCUAUAUUUUUUUCCCUUUUUGGUUCAAUGUGACAAUGUGCAGAUUUACAUCAAGUUAUUGAUGUAUUUAAAAACACAGUUAAAUAAAUUAUUUCAAUAAAUGUAAUAUGCAACAAUAAAAAUUUCCCUUAGAGAUUUACUUUAGCAAUUAAUUUUAAUCUUGUGUUCAUUCUCAAUCCUCCACAGCCAGGAGGACUCCGUUACAUGAUGGUAAUGAGACCAUUGUAGUGUAGCAUGCUGCCAGUGUUGCCAUGUGGGACCCCCUUGGGUUUGUGCUUGAGUGUCUAGGUCAUGAGUUAAUGUGUUACCCCAAUAUUGGCAUCAUAUCUAGGUCCCAUUUUAACUGGCUAUGGGCUUGUGUGUGUCAUAGGAGAUCUUUAAUUUAGAAACGUGUGCAUGGGCUGUAUCAAACCCAUCUGUUCAGUCAGUUUUGGGCCAAUCCAAAACACACAGAGGCCCAUUUAUUACCCACAUUGUCCUCAAAUAGAAAUGUUUAGCUUGGAGAAUAGUUGGUUUCUAUCCUGCAGUGGCACAGAUUCCAGCUCAUCACACAGAGAGUCAUAUUUGCAAAUAUGUUGUUUUUUUUCUUAACAUGUUCUAAAACAUCAUCAGUAACUUCCAGUUUUUAUUGUUAGGGUUUAUAAUUUCAUUGCUUGUUUUAUUCCUUUGUACCUUAAUGUGUGUGAAUUUAAUUUUAUUUUACUUUUUGUUAUGGUGCUAUCAAACUGGUCCUCUGUUUUCUGAGGGCACAGUACAUGUUGAGCAGCUGCAUUAUGUAUACUAACAGUAUACUUGAAUUGAGCGUACAUAACGCGUGUAAUAAAUUAGAGAUAUGAAGCAAACAAAUACUCCGUGUUCAAUUCUCUUUUGUACAUUAAUUCCUGAUUUGUAUCUCAGUAUUGCUCUGCCUAUUUAGUCAUUUUGGUUUUCAUGCUUCUAAUGAUUGAUGUCCAAGUGUAUUAUUUAAUUUUAAAUAUUAAUUAAGUCCCAGGAUUUUUUUUUCUUCGAUAACUUUUUUUGGGGGAUUUUAGUACACCAUCUUAAAUAUAAAUAAACCGAUGA